AUGUGCAGCAUCUGUCUUCCUCGCCGCUCCGGAGCACAGGGGGGGGAGGGGGGUGGUUUUGGUGGUCCCGUGCCCAGACAGGAGCUGUGUCCCUGGGGGAAGGCGCUCACAGAUGCACCCCCCCCCCAGGCCUGGCCCUCUCUGGCUCACUCCAUCUCUGUGCUCUGCCCCCUGGACCCCCGCCUCUUUGGGCUUUUAAAACUAGGACGCAACUUUCUCCAGAUCCAUCAGCGAGACACGAGAGAGUCCCCGGGUCUCAGAGCACCUCGGGGUCCACCGGCGAGACUUUUGAGGAAGUGGGAAGAAAGUGGACCAGAGCGAGGGGGAGGGGUGGCCGAGAGAUCAGAACAACACAUAACAGAGCGGAACAAUAUGCCGUGA